AGCUGCAGCAGCUCACACACUCACACACACUCCCAGUUCCCAUUGAGAAGCAGUGGACACACUCAGACCUGCUGGCUGGAGGUCCUGUUGUUGGUGGUGUUGUUGCAGACAUGAUACCAAAGACUCGUCUGGGGAAGCGCUCUCCUUUUGGGGCACUGGUCAACUCCACCUGUACGGCAGCUGAGUCGCACCUGGAGACAGGCAAGACCGUCAUUGCCUUGGCAACAAUGGCCAGACAAGAUGGCAUCAGCAGGGUCAAAGGUCACGUUGACCUAAAGGUGUACUUCCAGUGUGGUGGAGCAGGUGAAUCUUUGGGUGCACUCGAUCAGCCCGACCCCUCUGCCUGGUCUUCAUCUCUUCCCUCCUCUUCCUCCUCCUCCUCUGUGUCUCCGUCCUCCAGACGAUCCGUCUCCUCUUGCAUUGAUGUCCCCAGAAGUGGGAGGAGUCCACAGGAAGUGGACAUGGACGAGCUGAUGGCCGCCAUGGUCCUCAGUAGUCUGUCCUGCAGCCCGCCACCGCAGGGCUCCGCCCACCCAGACACAGCAGCUUCUACGAUGGACGGUUGCGGCGAGCUCUCAGACAGCGGCAGCAGCGGCUACUGGAGCAUCGGCCACACCCAAGAAAGCCCCGCCCCCUCAUCACCAAUCACAGAGCCGGACGGCGGCAGGGCCACACCCCCUGAUGAGGGUCUAGAUAUGGAAUUGGAUCAGGUUCUGUUUGAUGAGCCGGCACCGCGGAAACGCAGGAACUCGCUGAAGGUGGCGUACAGGUGUCUGUGGCCGAGCUGUGGGAAGAUUCUGACGUCAGUGGUGGGCAUUAAACGCCACAUCAGGACAACACACCUGUGCCGUGGAGGCGAACAUGAACGCUGUUCCCGCAGCGAGGAGGACUUCUAUUACACUGAGAUCAACCAAUGGGACCAUCCCAAGUCUCCGUCUCCUCCCACUUCUGUUGUCUGUGGCCCCGCCCCCACCUCUCCUAACUCCUCCCCCUCUUCACCUCCCUCCCCUCCUUCUCCUGCUUCAUCUUCCUGGAGCUCUCUGAGUCGCUCCGCCCCCUCCAACUCUGGCAGCUUCUGGCAGGUCCAGUCAGAGCACUCAUACCAGGCUCCACCCCCGAGUCACAUGGUGUCCCCAGCAGCAACGCCUGUGUGUCAUUUGACUGCGCCCCCCACCACCUGCAGCAGACAGGGUGUGGCACCUCGGGUGCGUUCAGUCAGUGUGGGAGAGCAGUGGCUGCAGCAUCAGAGCGCCCCCUGCAGGAGGAUUCGCAGCGAGGCCAAGAAGUGUCGUAAAGUUUACGGCAUCGAACACAGAGACCAGUGGUGCACGGCCUGCCGCUGGAAGAAAGCCUGCCAGCGCUUCCUCGACUGAACGAGGAAGCCGAAGAGAGGAAGAAAGACUGAGGAGGAGCUGAACUUCACCUGGAUGAUGUUUUAUACUUUCAUAUAUCAGAAUUAUUUUAGUUUCUACUCUGCAAGAAGCACCAUGUUUCUGUUGAUUUGUUGUUUUAAAUGUCAUGAUGUUCGGCAGCUUGAAACAGAUUUCAUGUCCGGCUGACUCCCCUCAGGUGUCCUAAAAAUGACUUUACACGUUUAGAUUCGGUUGGUUUGAGGAGUUUUUAUUUCCUUUCCUUGGUGAUGGACUGCGUACGUUCUGAAGGAAAAGAAACGUUCUCGUGUUGGUUUGUGUUGCUGUUGAGACACUCGCUGCAUUCCACUUGAACUUAAGAAGUCAGGUUUUCCAAAGGUUUAGUCAUAAAAAGUCAGAGAAACAUCGCCUUAAAUCCAACAUCACUGCUAAAUGGAUCAAAUCUGUGCCAUUAAAUCGGUGUCAACCUCCACUAGUCAGCAUGCUGCUUCCGUCUUUUCAUGAUUCGACCUGUGACGAUAAAAGGCCGUCCAGUAAAUUCUGCUGGUUUCAGACCUACAGCUGGAGCUCGUUCUGGUCCUAUAAAUCAUCAUUCCCAGCUCUGACAUCCGACUUCUGAGACAAAGGGAACGCUCACAGGGAAAAAUCUCUGAAGCUGAAUCAGCAGCUAAAAUGUCGAGAUGAGCCGGGUUUCCAUUCAACAGUCAAUCUGACGGGAUCUUUUAAAAAGGAACAGACAUGUCCAUGAAUCCAACUCAUUUUUAAGAAUCCGACUCGUUUCCAUGAAUCUGGCUCAUUUCCAUGAAGUCGACUCAAUUCUGGGAAGCCGACUCACUCGUUCUUAUGAAUGGUUUACUGAAAUCUGGCACGUUUUCAUGAAUCCGACUCGUUCCGUGUAAUCGACUCAUUUCUGUGAAUUUAACUUGUAUCCAUGUAACCGACUUGUUUCCGUGAACUGAAGUAAAUAAACUCGGCUGUGUAGAGCCACCAGAGGGGGGCAGUAGAGGCUACACUGGUGCUGGUUGGAAUUUAGUAGAAGAAGUAGUUCUAACAGGAAACAAACAGCAGCUGUGGUGGACGUCCACAGAAGGAAAAUUAGUUUAAUCUCUGGGAAUUUUUGGGGUAAUACAUCAUACCUCGGAAGUCGAAUAAGUUUAGAUUGUCGACUCAGAGCAGAAACAGCUGCUGAGUCAUUUUAAUCUUUCUCAGAUUCUCAGAGUUGUUUCCUCCUGAACAUCAAAUCAUCUACCGAAGAGAAACUUUUCAUUCAUUAGUGGAAGUUUUUAAAUAUUUUUCUGAUUCCGUUCACCUUCUCUCAUUCGUAUCUCCUGAAUAGAAAUGAAGGUUGAGAUGGAAACCCGGCUUCGGGCCGCUGGACCUGCCUGAUUUGUUGAGUUUUUGGGCUUCAGAUCGUCACAUUUAAGAAGGUGAAAACUAUCACACUGCUUCUGUUGUUUUAAGUAAAUAAUCUCUGACUUAUUGUCUCAGUGUUUUAGAGCAAACUUUUCAGUUCAGUGAAAUAUUUGAAAAACAAACUCUUGGCUCUGGGAACUUUUUUAUAUAUAAUUUUGUAUAAUUUCCGUGAAGAGCAGCACUUAUUUUUCAGCAUCUUCUUUCUGGUUAUCAGAACAGUGCAACGAUUUUCGGAGGAAAACUUGACCUCCUGUUUCUCUCGUCUCCUACUGUGAAAUCUCCCAUCAGCCCUUUCUUCUUGUUUGGAAGCAGAAGCCAGGUCCACCGUCUCCGGGAAACAUGUGCAGUAUUGAUACAGAAGUUUAUUUACAGGAUUUAUCACAUCUACUUUGUGCCCAGGGUACAAAUACCUGACAUCAGAAGUCAUUUCAUUGCACUGCUGCAAGACUCAAAUAUGUUGAUUUUGUUUAUGAGAAAAACUAGAAAAAUGUUACUUAUCAGAUCUGUUUUAUGAUAUUUUCUACAUUUCAAUCCAGAUGUUCUAAUAAAGCAGAGAAACUGA